AUGGAUUUCCAAAAAAUUUCCUCCGACAAGCCACUGAAGGACAACGGGAAAGAAAUCGUUGCGAAGCGUCGCGCACGGUACCUGGAACAAAAGCUAUUGGCGGAUUUGGACAACCCGUUUUUUGUAUUAUUCGACGAGACAUGGAUUCACGACGGAAUGGGCUCAGAAAACGACUGGCAAUUUGGUAAUCCGACCGAAUAUCAAAUUGUCAGUUCGGAGCAUCCCAUUCCUGGUCCAUUCAAAGCAAAACAUCGCGGAAAACGUGGCAUUGUUCUCGCUUCGCUCACAGAGCUUCUGCAAGGAAGUGUAAAGUUCAUCAUUUCUGGAGCCAAGCCGGAGGAACAGAUGGCCGAUUACCAUCAGGAGAUGUACGGGGAAACGUACGAUAGGUGCAUGAGAGCAAUGAUCCCGCUCAUUGCCAUAGCUGCGGCAGUGAAAGGGCGGAAUCCAUAA